AUGGCGAGUCGUCUCGCCGGCGAUGACGCGGCCACCGUCAGCAUUCUGACGGAACGGAUCAAGGAGAUGGAGGAGGCGCAUGCGACUGCCCUCAACGAGGCGGUGUCCGCCGCCCGCACGGAGGCGAUCGAGCAGGCCGCGGCCGAGUUUGCGCAGGAGUGCAGCGAUGAGGUUGAAAAGGCGGUGUCGGAGGCAGCCUCGGUAGAGAGGGAUCGGUUUGAGGCGGAGCAGCGACGGCUCAGGGAGCAGCAUAGUACAGAUAUCGCGGCACUCAAGGAGCAUCAAGGCGCCGAGGUUGCGGCGCUCAAAGGGGCUAUUGCGGCGCUCGAGCAAGGCUCCCUCCAGCUCAAGGACCAGGCAUGGGAGAGAGAGACUUCUGCAGCCGCCGCGCGCGCAGAGAUGGACGCGGCGCGCGAGCGGGAGCGGGAGCGGACGAACCUGGAGCGCGAGGAUGCGAUCCGCUCGCUCGACCAGCAGCGGGAGCGGGAUGCAGUGGAGCACGGGGAGACGAUCCGGCAGCAGCAAGCGAAGCACGACGCGACCGUCGCGGCGCUCACAGAGACGGUGGCGGCGAUUAAGAAGGAGCGAGAGGCGGAGAGGGCGGAGCACGAGGAGGCGAUGCGGAUGCAGCACGAGCAGCACGCCGCGGCCGUCGCGGCGCUCGAGCGGGAUCGGGAGCAGGGUCGGCUGUCGUGUGAGAAGGAGCAGAGGCAGAACGAGCGGCACCUGUCGACCAUCAAUGCGCUCGAGGUGGAGCGGGCACAGCAGGCGGCCGACCGCGAGGAGGAGGUCCGAUCGCUCAAAGAACAGCACAGCGCCACGGCAGAGGCGCUCCAGGCGACCGCCCGCAAGCUCGAGCAGGCGCUGCAGGAGGCGAGGGAGGCCCACGAGGCGGCGUUGCGACAGCAGCAGGGCCAGCACGACGCCGCCUUUGCGGUGCUCGAGAAGGAGCGGGAGAAGGAGAGGGCCGAGCUGGAGGAGCAGAUGGAGCGGCUCCGGGAGCAGCACGCCGCGUCUGUCGACCUCUCGGCGGCCAAGCUCCGGCAGGCGGAGGAGGACGCCGUGGCGCGGCUGCGGCAAGCGGAGGAAGAGGCGCAUACCGCUCAGGCAGAGGCGAUGGCGGAGACGGAGGCGCGGCUGCGGCUCGUGCACCAGGCGGAGCUCGCAAAGACGGUGGCGAGCGCACAGCUCGAAGUGGCCACGCGGGCUGGCGCUGAGGUGGAGCAGGCGGUCGAGGUGGCGGUCAACGUGACGCGCGAGGAGCUAACGAAGGAGGCCAAUGCCAAGCAGGAGGAGCUCAUCGCUAAGCACAAGGCGCAGCUCUCGAAGCUCAUCGCCGGUAUCUCUGACUCGGACGCGGCCCACGCGGCGCGCCACAAGGCGCUCGAGGACAGGCUGAGGCAGGCAAACGCGGCGCUGGCGAUGGGGCUCGACGGACUGACCGGGCAAACGCCUGCGCACAUGGGCUUGGUGUCUUAG